AAAGUUACGGGUUAUCGGCCAGUAAUAAAUAAAACCAAUUAAUAUAAUUAGAUUUAAAUUCUACAUUUGAUGUGUUCACGUGUGACCCACAAACGCCAUCUCUCGCGAGAAAUCAAUAAAUCGUGUUCAGUUGCGAAAUCGGCAUCCACUGUUGCUCCACAGGCAGUAAUGUGUUUUGACCCGGAACCUCGCUGCUUUACGAACGUCUUGGUUUAUCUCGCAAGGCACGUGGCUAAGUCAACGGAUCAUCUGCAAGGGUUUUGCCUUCAACGCAAGGCGGUGAAAAAACACUCUCUUUUGAUGGCCGCGCUUAUCUUAAGCCGGCGGGAAAUAAUAAUAAAAAAAAAAACCCUUAACGUGGAUUUCGCCGCAAAAAAAAACAGUUUAACGAUCGUUAACAAGACUAAACAGCUUUGAUGAUACUCCGCUUGGGCGGCGAGCGAUAAAGGCGAUGAUAAUCACGCUGUCGUCGCUCCGCAAAUAAAACCGAUUGGAUGGGUUCUGCUGUCAAUGGCCUUCGCGCGCCAGUAGGUUAUCCGUGGCGCGACGUCCUUCGCCGCUAUCGCCGCUUGUCGUCCACGCCCGGGGCUAGUGUGAGGGUGAGGAGUAGAAGGGGAAGGGGGGUCGAGGUCUGCCCUACAGCCGCAGUGUGUUAUACCCCCUGGGUGCUGUCUGCCCGGCACCGAGAGAGCUGCCGAGAUGGCUUCGACAACCGUCGUCGCUGCCUUCGUCGUCGUCUGCACCGCAGUUGUCGUGGCGAGGAUCGAGGGCGAAGGAGCUGACGACUGGAACGCGGCGGCGCGGGAGGAGCUGACGGCGGCGCUGCGGGUCAGGUGGAACGAGGGCGAGGCCAGGAACGUGGUGCUGUUCGUCGGGGACGGCAUGGGUCCGAGCACCGUCACGGCGGCCAGGAUCUACCGCGCCAAGGAGGAGGGCCGCCUGGCCUUCGAGCACUUCCCCCACGUCGGCCUGCUCAAGACGUACAACGCAGACAGGCAGGUCCCCGACUCCCCGUCCAGCGCGACGGCAUUGUUCAGCGGCGUCAAGAGCAACUACAGGACAGGCGGCGUCGACCAGUCCGUCAAGAUGGACGACUGCGAGGCGUCGCUGAGGCCGGAGGCGAGGCUGAAGAACAUGCUGCACUGGGCCAUCGAGGCGGGCAAGGACACUGGCUUUGUCACGACGACUCGGGUGACGCACGCGACCCCCAGCGCCUUGUACGCCCACUACCCGAGCAGGUACUGGGAGUGCGAUCAGGCGAUGCCCCCAUCGGCGGCGCGCUGCAAGGACAUCGCCCGGCAACUCGUGGAGGACGAGCCGGGCAGGAGCAUCAAGGUCAUAAUGGGUGGAGGAAGGCAGUGCCUGAACACGCACCCUCUAACGGGGCCAUCAGAUCCUGUGGAGAAUUCCACCUGCAGGAGAGAGGACGGACUUGAGCUAACGUCUGUCUGGCAGCAGGACAAGAGGAAGAGAGGGGUGACCUACAGUGUCCUGAACAACACUCAGGACCUCCGACAGCUGGACGUCAACAACACAGACUAUGUGAUGGGAAUUUUCGCCAACAGCCACAUUGCCUAUGAUUUUGAGAGAGACCGGACUCCAAUGGGCAUGCCCUCUCUCAGCGAGAUGACUUCAACCGCAAUAAAAGUUCUCAGCAAAAAUAGAAAAGGAUUUUUUCUCAUGGUCGAAGGCGGCAUGAUCGACAUGGCGCAUCACAUCGGGCACGCGAGCAGGGCAGUGAACGAGACGGCGGCCAUGUCGGACGCCGUGCAGGAGGUCCUGGACUGGGUCCGGCUGACGGACAGGACGGACACCCUGGUGAUCGUCACCAGCGACCACGCCCACUCGCUGUCCAUCAACGGCUACCCGGCCCGCGGAAACGACAUCCUCGGUAUCGGAGGGUUGUCCUUGGACGACGGCGUGCCGUUCACGACGCUGACCUACGCUACGGGGGAAUCGCACGCCUACAACUACAGCGUCGGGCCGAACGGCACCGUGGUCAGGCCGGACCCCAGCACUGUGGACACCACCAGCUUCCACUACCACCAGCAGGCGGCCAUAACCUCCGACGAGGCCCACCACACCGGAGUGGACGUCGCGGUCUACGCCACAGGGCCGAUGGCGCACCUGUUCCACUCGCUGCACGAGCAGAACUACGUGGCCCACGUGAUGGCCUACGCGGCCCGGCUGGGGCCGUACGCCCCUUCCUCCGGGGCCCGGGGACUGCUGCCUCAGGCGGGGACCGUCCUCGUGGCGACUGUCUUCAGGGCGCUGGUCCGCCGAAGAUGGACUUAAACACCGAUCCUGGUCAGCACCGGCUUGCGAUCCACAGCCAGGACUUCCGAAAAAUUUUCAGCUGACGUCAAGACCAGUGUCCGAGUAGAUACCAUGAUUUCGCGGACACUGCACACCGCGCACAAUUUGGUUGUUGUUGUUGUUGUUAAACGGAACAGAUAUACUCACGUAAAAUAAUUACAGGUGUUUGUAAAUUUGUUCAUUUACUCGAACACACAACUGUAUCGCUACAAAAUGCUGGGUUCGGAUUCUUACCCGGGCAUUUAAGCUCUUGUGUUGUCCUAAGUGCCUCCAAUAGCUACCUGAAUAGCUUUCCAGUAUUAACUGAGCACAUUAACAAGCACUAUAAGGCAUAUUAAAGUUAAAUUAUUGAUUAUUUUAUUUUAUUUUACAUAGUUAAAAUAAAUCAUUGUAUUUGAAAAAAAAUCAGUAAAAAUUGUAAUUAUGCUCCAAUUUUCGUAAAAAAAAAAAAAUUCAGUUUUAUCUCGAAAAUACGUAUUUCAUAUAUUUAAACAAUGACCAUGGCCAUUUGUAAUACAAAGUAACAAUAGCUUUUUAUAUUAUUAAAAACUAUUUCUUAGGAACUGUUAUCCGAAGGAAUCCUUGUAAAAAGUAAAGAAUUUUUUUUAUGUGUGUGUAAUAAAUUCUCUUUCCUUUAUCCAAUUACACUUUUUUUCAGGAAAUGUUACACGCUACAAAUGUAACCUUGUGCAUGAGUGCUACAACUACUCUUGGUCCUAAAUGCGAUAUUUAAAUUAUGCUAUUCAUCUAAUUAAAAAUAAAAAAUACUUAAAGCAUAUAUAUACAUGCUACAAAAACGAGACGAAAUGUACAUCUAUUUUAAAUGGUAUUUUUUUUAUAACUUUAAAACAGCAAAUAAAUUUUAGUUUAGAUACAGUAUUUAUUGAUUCGACAAUAUAUAAAAAAUAAAGAACAACCAAAAUGCAAACGCAUGUAUAUAUGAUACCAGAGAAAACAAACCUACUUAAAAAUGAGAGAAAUCUCAUCGUCAGUAAAUUUAUCGACUCAAAGAUUAAUAUAUAUUUAUUUGAAAAUUACAACUAAUUUUUUCCAGAAAAAAUAGCUACAAAUUUUAGGAGCAAAUGUUCUAUUGAUCACUAGGGGAAAAAAUAGUUUAUAAAUAUUAUCCUGAAACUUUUAAUAUAUGGUUCCUUUUAGCAUCAAAAUUAACAACAUAACAUAAUUUGCCAUGUUUACAAAAAAAAUUGCACGUAUUGCAAGAAAAAUUCAAAUAUUUGACGUGAAAAUGUAUUUACUUAACCCUUAUGUGCACGCCCUGGCCUCAACUCUCUCAUUACUUAUUUAAUAGUAACGGGUCGAAGCUGAUCAAUAGAGUGCUGCACGGGAAACAAUCAGAAGUGAGUUAUCGAGGCAAGGCAGGGAGGGCUGUCAUUGUUUCGUUGACAAGCGAGUGUUCCGAGUGCUUUAAUGACGCGACUGAACGUUGGGUGACGUGAAAAUUACAAACCAUGGCAGUGGAUCGACGCAGACGCUUGUCACUUCCCAGACAAUUUUUUUUUUAUCAAGGCAGCGCAACACAGGGACAUUUCAGAAAGCAGCAGCUCUUAGAACCACAAGGCACAGAAAACAUUUCACAUAGACGAAGAGUCAUAA